AUGUCUGCUGCGGUCACGAGCCCUGCUCCGCGUGUGGCUCUCAACGCCAAGUACGUCGCCUACGCACACUCUGUGUUUGCAUAUUCGGCCUUUUUUUCAGCACUUGUGGUGGGAUGCUGGCUCCAUUACCACAAAAUCGUGCAAAACUCCUCGUACGGGUAUCCGGACGAAUGGUUCCCCAGUGUUUCUGCGGCGAUUGGGGAUCGAUACCCCGAGCGGUCCGUGUUUCAGCUUCUUAUUGCCUGUACGUCAGGCCCUAGAUUCUUGUUAGUGUUUCUCAAUUUUUUAAUUUUGUACAGCCCCGAGUGGCUGUGGCUGAGCUAUACGCUCCUUUUUGCUGGUGUAGUUAGAACCAUCACUUGUGGUGGGUGGGUAUAUAUUACGUCGACAGAUGACCACGAUUGGCACGACAUAUUCAUGAUCGGGUACAUUGUGCUCACGCUUCCAUGGACCAUUUUGGUGACCGUGUUGUCGCCCAAGAACACGCUGGUGCGCAGCGGCAGAUUCUACACGGCGGCGGCGUUCUUCGCCAUGCUUGUGCCCUUGGUGUACUUCUUCAUCCAGCACAAGGUCCAUGUGAUUGCGGGCGCCUAUUCCUACUACGCGUACUGCGAGUGGUCGUUGAUUGUGCUUGACAUUGGCUUCGACGCCUGGUCGGUGCUCGACUUCCUGGAUGUAGAGAUUGUCCUUCUGUCGAAUAGCUUGUCUUUGGGCACUGCUUCAAAGAGCCAGAAAUCCAAGGUUUCCGAGAAACCGGCCGCCAAAAUUGCAGGUGCGGAAUUAGAAUAUUCCUUCUUCAAUUUCGCCGUCAACACCCUCAAUGCACACAUUUUCUGGACCGUGGUCACAUCCCUUUUGUUGUGUGUGUGGUACUUUCCAUUGUGGCACAUGGGGAUCUCUGGAUAUGAGGCUGCUGUGGCCGUCAUGUUCAUCGCUCCUCUUUUAGAAGCAGUGCCUCCAUUCUCUUACAUUUUCCGUAACUACCCGCUGAUUCCUCGCAUGUUGACCGUUGUUUUCGGCGUGGGUGCUUACAAACUCGAAGACCCAGAGCAGAAGCUCUUGAGUGUGACGGCCGGUGUUGGUUUCGGUGUCAUUGCUAUGGUUGCGGAAUUUAGAAACUUGUCGUCUACUCCCUUUAAGCUCACCUCCUAUUGGACCUCAUUUGUGCUUGGUUUGUUGACCACCUCUGUGUCCAAGUACGCUAAUCACUCCAAUAACCCAGGCUGGGCAAUCAUGAAUGAACAUAAUGGUGGUUUGAACGAAAUUUACUUCGUUGUGGGGCUUCUCGCCGCUGUCGCAACAAACAUCCCAAAACCUGCUGCUCCUGCAACUUCCACUUCAAGUGGCUCUUUGAUUCUUGCAGCUCUUGCUUUGGGUGCCUACUUCAACUUGCUUAAAACUUUCAUGAGUGACUCGUCUACUCUCGUGUUCUGGAAUUGGGAGGGCUACCCAGUCCGUGGUCCUACGGCUCCUAUCGGAGGUUUGCUCCAUUUCGCCUCAUUCGCUACUGGAUUGAUUUUAUCCGUGAGAUAUUCACCAAAGGCUCUUUCAUCUGUAUUCUUUACCCCUGUUGCCUUAGUUUCAAGUGCGCUCAUGGUUACCUCCACUAACUGGCAGGGUUUCAUCGGCUCUUUGGGUCUCACUUAUUAUUUGGCUGCAAUUGGACCAGUUAUUUGCCACGGCUCUGUCGGAUACAAUACGACCGCUCUUUUCUUCCUCGCAUUUUUUGUUUCCAUUCUCCUUUCUUUGGCGGGAGUUUGGACAGUCGCAUACGCUUUUGUCCCAGGUGGACCUUACUUGCGUGAAAAGGCCAAUGCUGUGUUCAUCGCGUCGAUGGUUUUACUUAUUGGUGGUGUUCAAAACUAUUCAAACCGUAGAUCUGUCCCCUCGGUGUCCAAAUAUGCGAAGAAGAUCUCUCGCACAUUCCAGUACACCAUCAAAAUUGUCACUCUUCUUCUUGCAUUCUCGGGCGCUGUUUUCUGGUACAGAAAGCCCGCUGCUCCGUUUUCUCCAAACAAUGAAAGCUCCAAGCAAUUCACCACUGGAAUUUGGUGUGUUCACUUUGGCUUAGACAACGAUAUGUGGUCCAGUGAGACCAGAAUGAGGGAUCUUAUUCGCGACGCAGAGGUUGACAUCAUUGGGUUGUUAGAGACCGAUACACAGCGCCUCAUUGGUGGAAACAGAGAUUUCACCCAAAAGAUUGCUCACGACUUGGGUUUCUACGUCGACUACGGUCCCGGUCCAAACAAACACACCUGGGGAGCAGCUUUGUUGUCCAAAUUCCCCAUUCUCAACUCCACUCACCAUUUGAUGCCGUCCCCUGUGGGUGAGUUGGCACCCGCCAUCCAUGCAACUUUGGAUAUUUACGGCGAGCUUGUCGAUAUUGUGGUCUUCCACUCCGGUCAGGAGGAAGAUGUCGAGGACCGUCGUUUGCAAAGUUUGGAGUUGCAAAGAAUCAUGGGUUCAUCUGAUAGACCUCUCGUGUUGUUGAGUUACUUGGUCACCGAGCCAUUGAAGGGCAACUACAACACGUACGUCAGCAAAGAGUCCAAUGUAUAUGAUAUUGAUAGCACCGACUGGGACAGAUGGUGUGAGUACAUCUUGUUCCGUGACCUCAAAAAGGUGGCCUAUGCCAGAAUCUCGAGAUCUACAAUUACUGACACCGAAUUGCAAGUUGCCAAAUUCAAGCUCUUGAGCGAUGAACAGAAGCAGUUGGACGAAGAUUUCUUGUACGGAAAUCACUAUAUUCCAGAGAGCGAGGUUCAUCCGGACUUGAGAAUGCCAUCCGUAUUGAGAGGCGAGGGCGUUCGUGGCCACUUCUACCACGUUUUCGACGAACCAAGAUACUUCGCCGACCACCCUGGUCAAGUCUAA